AUGUCCGAGACUCCGUUUCCAGUCCCUAACGCCAUCACCCCAUACUGGCGCAAGGAUCUGCAUCCUCUAGACAGCCACCAAAGCUCCGAGACCCUGCCGGCGGAACAGGACAUUGUCAUUAUCGGUGCCGGAUACUCAGGCGCCGCUUCGGCGUACUACCUCUUGGAUGGCACUGAUCCCUCAUCACGUCCGACUGUCACAAUCCUCGAAGCCAGGCAAGCAUGCUCCGGUGCAACAGCCCGCAACGGCGGCCACGUGAGGCCGGAUCUCUAUGCUGGACUUCCCGCCCGCGCCAAACGAUAUGAUCAAGAGACUGCGGAUGAGAUGGCGCUGUUCGAGCUUGCCAAUCUUCAUGCCGUGAGAGAUCUCGUACAGGAAAAGAAAAUUGACUGCGACUUCCGGAUGACUACAUCCAUGGCUGUCUUGAGAGACCCGGCACUUGCAAAGCCGAUCAAGGAAGGCCUAGAUGAGCUCCUGCAAUGGAGUUCGCCGACCGCAAAGCUCGUUCACUAUCUUGAAGGCAAAGAAGCCGCGACAUUUUCCGGUGUCAAGGAUGCGACUGCUGUAUUCUCGUUCCAGGCGGGCUCGAUCUGGCCCUACAAGCUGGUUAUGUUCCUCCUGUCUCAGGCUGUCGACAAGGGAGCCCAGCUGCACACUCACACGCCCGUAAUCAAAGUUUCCGACUCCCAAGAGGGCGGCUUCUGGACCAUAACCACGCCCAGAGGUGUCAUUAAGGCAAAGACGGUAAUUUACGCUUCCAACGGGUACACGUCAACGAUCCUUCCAGAGUACAAGAACCGUAUCAUCCCCGUCCGCGGGAUCUGCAGCCAUGUGGCUGCUCCUGAUGGCGCCGAGCAUCCACAUCUCCCCAUGACAUACUCACUACGGCACGGAGCCAAUCUAUACGACUACCAAGUCACACGACCGGAUGGGAGCAUCGUCGUGGGCGGUGCUAGGACCGAAGUCAUCCCGCGCGUCAACGAAUGGUACAACGUCUGGGACGAUUCGAAGCUCAUCGAGCCCGCGGCUCAUUACUUUGACGACCACAUGCAGCGGAACUUCCGUGGGUGGGAGAACAGCGGGGCAAAAGUUGACAGCAUCUGGACAGGAAUCAUGGGGUACACCAACGAUACAUACCCUCAUGUCGGGCCUGUACCUUCAAAGCCGGGGCAGUUCAUCUGCGCGGGAUUCAACGGGCAUGGCAUGUCAUUCAUCCUAUUGACAGCCAAGGGUUUGGCGAAGAUCGUACGGGAUGAUGUGCCAUUUUCGCAGUCUGGCGUUCCGCGAUUGUUCGAGACGAGCGAACGCAGACUCCGGGAGGAAAAGAAUGAGCUGCUCGGUUAA